AUGGAUCAUUUUGAGAGAAUUCGAAAAAUUGGUAAAGGUAAUUUUGGGGAUGUUCUUUUGGUAUCAAGAAAAAGUGAUGGAAAAGUAAGUUGUCUCAUUCUAAUUAAAGCAAUUUGCACUAAAAAGAGUUGAUUUAAGUUUGAGGGAUAGUUUUGUUGUUGACCCUCUCAAUGAAGUUAAGGUUCUAAAAUUAUUAGACCAUAUGAACAUUAUUAAACAUUAUGAUUCGUUUGUCCAUAACAAUAAACUGUGUAUUCUUAUGGAAUAUGCAGAAAAUGGUAAAAUUUUGAAAAAAUAGUCUAAGCUGAUCUCAGUUUAAAAAUCAAGGAGGCAAAAUAAAAUAAUCAAUUCAUUGAAGAAUCUACAGUUCUGUAUUUCAUUUAUGCAUUAUUAUAGAUUCUUGCCUGGUUAACCUAAUUGGCAAUAGCGCUCAAUUACCUUCAUUCUCAAAAGAUACUCCAUAGAGACAUUAAAGUAUAAAACAUUUUCUUAUGCAAUGAUGGAAUUGUAAUGUAAUUUAAUUAAUUCUAGGUGAAAUUGGGGGAUUUCGGUAUCUCAAGAACUUUAGAAAACACUUCUGAAUUAGCAUAAACCUCUAUAGGUAUUUAAUUUAAGAAAACAAAUAUAUUAGGUACUCCAUUUUAUCUUUCUCCUGAAUUAUGUCAGAAUUAAUCAUAUAAUCAUAAAAUUGAUAUAUGGAUGUUGGGAUGUGCCAUUUAUGAAUUAUGUACAUUAUAAAAACCAUUUACUGCUGAAUCAAUCAAUGUAAUUUACACUUUAAUAUUAAAUAAAGGCUUUAGCUACUAAAAUUAUAAACGAUUAACAUACAAAAAUCUCUAAUCACUACUCUGAAUUUCUGUCUAAUCUUGUAGAUGAAAUGUUACAAAAACAACCAGAUAAAAGACCAGAAAUUUCAAAAAUAUUGUCAUUUCCAUAAAUUCAAAUUGAAAUCUAAAAACUAUCCAAAAUUUAUUAAUCUAAUAAAAUUAUACAUUAAAAUACUGGAUUUUCAUCCAGUAAAAAGAGCAACAGAAUGCAACAGAAUUCUAUACACUUUUUAGUUGAAAAAUCAAAAUAAUAAUAAGGUUUAUCGCCUAUUUGUUCUAGAAGAAGCUAAUCUAAACUUAACACACCUUAUUAAGGCUACAAAACAGAUGUUGUUGAUUAAAAUAGUCCACAUUUUAAAUUAAAUGGAAAAUAAUUAGCUGCUAAUUUACAUACUCUACCAGACUACAUAGAUGAUUAACAAAAAACAUAAACUCCAAUUUCUACUCAAAGAACAGAAUCUAAUGAAGUUAAUUAAAAACAUCUAAAAUAUUAAAAAUCUAUAUCAAUUAAUACUCAAAUUGAUGAUAAUAAUAAUAAACGAAAUUAAGAAGUCGAAAGUUAACCUACACUAAUAAAAAAUUAAAAAUCGUUCACUUUCGUUGAUAUUUUUUUUAAUCCAAAUACACCAACAUCCCCUAAUAGAUCCUUAUUAUUAACAGACUUUCUAAAAAGAAAAUUAGGAAAUGAAAAAUUUUACUAAAUGAAAAUAGUAUUUAAAUUUUAUAAUUUUUUUAGUUACUUGAAUAAAAUAAUGAUCCUAUUAAAUUAUUAGAUUAAGAAAAAGGAUUGGUUUAAGAUAUUAUUGGAGAAUAAAAUAUGGAUUGUGUUAGAGUAUUUCAUUUUUUAUAAAUAAUUAGAUAUUUAAACUCUUAAUUAGUUGUUCCAUAACUCCUUAAGCAAGUCAUGGUAGAGCUAAAAGUGCAUAAGUGUUUACUCAAGAAAAACAGGAAACAUUAAUAGAUAUCAUAAAAGAGUCUGACUUUUAGCCUACAAAUUCGAUUGGCUCUAAUCCUGGAUUAGAAAUUUCAUUUAAAAAUCUCUAGCAUUUUACUGAAGAAGAAUAAUCAAUGCAAUAAUAAUUAAAGGAAUGA